AUGGCCUCGUCGACUGUAAUCCCUACGCUCGGAUGUUCCAUCGAUUGCUUCGCCUUUUUCUUGGUGUGCUGGGCCUCCUUAUCCCCUUUGGGGUUUGGGGAGGAUGAUUCUGUCGGUGGUCGACGCUGCCCCGCGCCAGCGUCUUGCUGCAGAGGCCUUCCCGGGCCACCUCCUGUCGGCGGCGAGACCUCCGCCGACAUGAGCUUGGAAAAACCCUAG